UUGUGGGGGGGGGGGGGGGGUUAUAGUCCGUUUCUUCGCCGUGUUGUGACCGGUGACGUCUGCAGAGAGGGGGAGGAGCUUGUGAAGGUUCCCGGAUGAGCACGUUGCCUCGACGGGGGAGGAAGAAGAAAUUAGGGCAGGACCUUCAGCCUUCACUGACAAAAGACCGUGCCCUCUGCCCCCAUACAGUGCAGGGGCAUUUACGUCACUCAUGGGCACCUGCACUGUGGAGAAAGGAUGACUCUGCACGGCUGUUCUGGAGAUCGCUGUGUCGGACAGAGACCACCGGUGCUGUUCACGGAAGAAACAGCAAUAUAACUAGAAGACUGCGGAGGCACUCGGGUCUUGGUCUGCGAUCCAGCAUUUCCAUCUUGCCGAAAUUCACCUACCUGACUAACGUCAGACGCCGAGGGGCUCUCCACGAGGCUGCUCCUUCUUCCAUCUCCGGAGAAGGAACAUCUACCUCCGAGACAAGCGACUUCCCCAAGGCCUGUGGCAACCGGGCCAGUCGCAGCAGCGCAUGCCAACGCAGCCUCUACGGGAUAUACCAUCAGCCUCCUUGGACGUCCAGUGAUACGGUGCCAUACCACGAAUCACACUACGAGCCAUUCUUAUCUGCAGGAGCUGGUAUAAACAACAGCCUGGUCAACGAGUCGUUUCACGCACACCCGGUGUGCGCGAAACGACUCGUCGACCAUGCUGUUGUUUAUACCUGUCUGAAAUAA